AUGGCUGACGCUUUGAAGGCUGAAGGCAACAAGGCCUUCUCGGCCAAGGACUAUCCCACUGCCAUUGAGAAGUUCACUCAGGCUAUCGAGAUCGAACCCGAGAAUCACAUCCUCUUCUCCAACCGUUCCGCCGUAUACUCUGCCCAGGCCGAAUACCAAAAAGCUCUGGAUGAUGCCGAGAAGGCUAUUACUAUCAAGCCCGACUGGUCCAAGGGCCACGCCCGCAAGGGAGCUGCUUAUAAGGGACUGGGAGAUCUCUUGGCCGCCCACGAUGCUUACGAGGAGGCAUUGAAGAUCGAACCCGAGAACGCGCAAGCAAAGUCUGGAAUGAGCGCCGUCCAGCGCGCCAUCAAUGAGGAGGCUAACGCUGACGGAAUCGCUGGUGACCCAUCUGCCGGUCUGGGUGGCAUGUUCAACGACCCAGCCCUGUUCCAGAAGCUGGCCAACAACCCUAAGACCGCACCCCUCCUGGCCGAUGCCGAGUUCAUGGCCAAGCUCAAGAAGAUCCAGCAGAACCCCAACAGUGUUGGUGAGGAGAUCCGGGAUCCUCGUUUCUUGCAGGUGAUGAGUGUGCUGCUGGGCAUUGAUAUGAACUUUGGCGGUGAGGGUGGUCCUUCGGAUCAGCCCCAGGACACCCCCAUGACUGAUGCCAAGCCUGCUCCUCGUCAACAGCCCAAGAAGGAGCCUACCCCAGAGCCUGAGCCUGUGGAUGAGGAGGCCAUUGCUAAGAAGAAGGCCCAGGAGGCUGGUGAUGCGGAGAAGAAGAUCGGUAAUGAGUUCUACAAGAAGAAGGAGUUCGACCAGGCCAUUGAGCACUACGAGAAGGCUUGGGAGCUGCACCAGGACGUGACCUACUUGAACAACAUUGGUGCUGCCAAGUUCGAGAAGGGCGACUACCAGGGUACCGUUGAGACCUGCCAGAAGGCUGUGCAGGAGGGCCGUGACCUGCGUGCCGACUUCAAGACCAUUGCAAAGGCUUUCACUCGUAUCGGUAGUGCCUACGAGAAGCUGGGUGAUCUCACCCAGGCCAUCGAGUUCUACCACAAGUCCCUCACCGAGCACCGCACCCCCGAAGCCCUGACCAAGCUGCGUAACGCCGAGAAGACCAAGGCCACCACCGAGAAGGAUGCCUACAUCGACGAGGCUGAGGCUGAGAAGGCCCGCGAGCUUGGCCAGCAGAAGUUCCAGGAGGGCAACUGGCCCGCUGCCGUUGAUGCUUUCACCGAGAUGACCAAGCGUGCUCCCACUGAUCCCCGUGGUUUCUCCAACCGUGCCGCCGCUUUGAUCAAGCUGAUGGCUUUCCCCCAGGCUGUGACUGACUGCGACGAGGCCACCAGCCGUGACCCCAAGUUCAUUCGCGCGUACAUGCGUAAGGGUCAGGCCCUCGUUGCUAUGAAGGAGUACAACCGCGCUCUGGAUACUUUUACCGAGGCCGGUACCCACGAUGACGGUACCCACGCUCGUGAGAUUGAGCAGCAACAGCAGAAGUGUCUUGAGGCGCAGUUCAGUGCUCGUGCUGGUGAGACUGAGCAACAGACCAUGGAGCGUAUCCAGAAUGAUCCCGAGAUCAUGUCUAUCCUCCAGGACCCUGUCAUGCAGAGCAUUCUGAACCAAGCUAAGAGCGACCCUGCCGCUUUGCAAGAGCACAUGAAGAACGACCAAGUGCGCAUCAAGAUCCAGAAGCUGAUGGCUGCUGGUGUGAUCCGUAUGGGCCGGUAA